GUUCACUUCCUAUAGGGACUGAAAACCAAGUGAGGAGAUGAAGGAUUGCACUGUACUGUAUCGCAGAGGAUAGAGGAUUUAGCAGAUACAAGAAGAAUCGAUACCAUAGAUAGAUCCUGAUAACCCGAAGAACAACUCAAAUCAGACAGUGUGGAGAAGGUUGGGCAGCGAAACCAUCGUCUGGAAAUCGUCGAAUUGGGAGCUUUGACAUAUCAUCAGAUCUGAAACUGGUCAGUAGUGUGGAGCCUUCCAUCAGAACCAACCUUUCUGAAGGUUCGGCUGUGGGUGUUCGGUCAGGGUGAAGCUGGGAAGAAGUGUGAGUGGGCUUCAAAUGUGAUGAGAGCUUCAAUCAUCCAUCAAGCCUCAUGAACUACUGACUCAUUCCUACAGGGGAGAGGUGUGAGAGGCAGCUGCCACAGGCACCCAAGAUCUAAUAUCAUUCAGGAUACUUCCGUUACACAAAUGUUAACUUAAAGACAGUGACAUGGAAGAGAAACCCUUCAAGAGUGAGAUGUGUGACCAACCCUUCAUGCAGCCAUCAACAUUUGGGGAACACCAAUGGAAUCACACUGGGAAGAAGUCAUUCGAAUGUGAGGUGUGUAAGCAGAACUUUACAAAGUUAUCAGGCCUGGUGAAUCACCGGCGCAUUCACACUGAGGGAAAACCAUUUACGUGCGAGACAUGUGACAAAUCGUUCUCACAGUCAUCAAAGCUGCUAAUGCAUCAACAUAUUCACACAGGGGAGAAACCCUUCACAUGUGAGGUGUGUACCAAAUCAUUCUCUGAUUCUUCGACCCUCUGCAAACACCAGCGCAUUCACACACAGGAGAAACCAUUCACGUGUGACACAUGUGACAAAUCGUUCUCACACUCAGAAAACCUCCGCAGACACCAACGUAUCCACACGGGGGAGAAACCAUUCAAUUGUGAAGUGUGCAACAAAUCAUUCUCACAGUCGGUGAACCUUCGUGCACACCAACGUAUUCACACAAGGGAAAAACCAUUCAAAUGUGAGGUAUGUGACAAAUCAUUUUCAUCAUCAUCGAACCUCCGCACACACCGACGCAUUCACACGCAGGAGAAACCAUUCACUUGCAAAGUGUGCAACAGAUCAUUCUCAGAUUCAUCCGCCCUUCGCAGACACCAACAUGUUCACACAGGAGAGAAACCAUUUGUGUGUGAGGUGUGUGACAAAUCAUUUGCAGAUUCAUCGAGACUUCUACUCCAUCAGAGGAUUCACACAGGGGAGAAACCAUUCACAUGUGAGGUGUGUAACAAGGCAUUUUCGGUGUCAUCGGCCCUCCACAAACACCAGCGCAUUCAUGCGGAUUUCAAGCCAUUCACAUGUGAGGUGUGUGACAAAUCAUUCUCACAGUCAGAGAACCUCCGCACUCACCAACGUAUUCACACAGGGGAGAAACUGUUCAUGUGUGAGGUCUGCGACAAAUCAUUCUCACGGUUGUAUAACCUUCGCAGACACCAAUUUGUUCACACAGGAGAGAAACCAUUCACAUGCAACGUGUGCAACAAGUCGUUCUCGAGGUCGUGGGACUUUCUUGUCCAUCAGAGGAUCCACACAAGGAAGAUAAACCAGAACCGUUUAAUCAGCUACACUGAAGCAAUAUUUUCCUCAGUUUCUACCACUCUUACAGGUGAGAGGCUGUUCAUGUGUGAGGAUGACUCCACCAGCUCAUUAGAUCUCCCUGCAGGCAAGGAACAUCUUUUAAACAGCCAGAUGGAAGAGAAACAAUUCAAAUGUGAUGUGUGUGACCAAGACUUCACACGGCUAUCGUCGCUUGUGAAACACCAACGCAUUCACACAGGGGAAAAGCCAUUCAUGUGUGAAGUGUGCAACAAAGCAUUCUCUGAUUCAUCAAACCUUCGUGUCCAUCUGCGCAUUCACACAGGGGAGAAACCAUUCACAUGUGAGGUUUGUGACAAAGCCUUUAUACAGUUAUCGAGCCUGCUGGUCCAUCAGACAAUCCACACAGGGGAGAAACCCUUCAAAUGUGAGCUUUGUGGUAAGGUUUUCUCAACAUCUACCAGGCUUCUGAUGCACCAGAGAGUUCACACAGGAGAGAAACCCUUCAGAUGUGAGGUUUGUGAGAUGGCUUUCACCCGAUCCUCUGAACUUCUGAUUCACCAAAGGAUUCACACAGGAGAGAAACCCUACCAUUGUGAGUUUUGUGACAAAUCUUUCUCACAGUCUUUGAAUCUCCGCAGACACCAGCGGAUUCAUACAAAAGAGAAGCCAUUCAAGUGUGAGUGGUGUGAUAAAUCAUUCUUCGAGUCCUCAAACCUCUGCAGACACCAACGCCAUCAUACAGGGGAGAAGCCAUUCAAAUGUGAGGUGUGUGACAAAUCGUUCUCAGAGUCCUCAAACCUCCGCAGACACUUGCGCCUUCACAUGGGAGAGAAGCCAUUUAGAUGUGAGGUGUGUGACAAAUCCUUCUUUCAAUCAUCAUAUCUCCACACACACCAACGCAUUCAUACAGGGGAAAAGCCGUUCACAUGUGAAGUGUGCAAGAAAUCAUUCUCAUAUUCCUCAAUACUCCGCGAACACCUGCGCAUUCAUACAGGACAGAAACCAUUCAUGUGUGAGCUUUGUGACAGAUCUUUUUCACGGUCUUCGAACCUCCGCAGACAUCAAUACAUUCACACAGAAGGAUUGCACUGUACUACACUAGAGAAUAGAGAGAGGACAGACACUGCUGAUAAAUCUUGACCAUCACCCAAGGAACGACUACACAAUUUUGGGAAGACAUCCAGUCCCU